CCCGACGGAACCUCUGCGCCAUGAUUCCCAUGGAACGCAUCCUGGGGCGGGCUCGCGUGCCACCGGACGUUGUCGGCUUUUUCCGGCGCAUCUCGGUCGGUAAGCUAGCCGAGCCCGCCGCUGCUACUUGCUAAUGUUUGUCGGGUGUUACACGCUCGCCGGACUCGAGCGGAUGAUACAAACAGCGUAGAAGAAUGGCGGACGUCGAGGGACAAGGGACCUGCUCGUCGGUCCCUCCGCUGCCCCAGCCUUCCUCCCGCCGCGGCUCCAGCGACGGCGCCGUCACGCCGGGCACCGGCGGCGGCUGCCAGACGCCGACCACCGUUACCUCGGGCCCGCGGCUGGUCCGGAUCGUGAAGUCGGACUCGGGCUACGGUUUCAACGUUCGGGGGCAAGUUAGUGAAGGAGGCCAACUGCGGAGCAUCAACGGGGAGCUGUACGCCCCGCUGCAGCACGUCAGCGCCGUGCUGCCGGGAGGAGCCGCGGACCGCGCCGGUAUCUCGAAGGGGGACCGGAUCCUUGAGGUGAACGGGGUGAACGUAGAAGGAGCGACCCAUAAGCAGGUGGUGGACCUGAUCCGGGCCGGUGAACGGGAGCUGGUGCUCGCUGUGCUCUCUGUCCCACCUCAGGAGGCCGACUGCCUCGACCCCGGAGACGACGGCUCAGCUCAGUCCUGCUACGAUUACUCCGACAAGCAAGCGGUCCCCAUCUCUGUGCCCAGCUACAAGCACAUUGAGCUCAACCAGGAGAAGUUUGUGGUGUAUAAUGUGUACAUGGCAGGCAGACAGCUUUGCUCCAAGCGUUACCGGGAGUUUGUAAUCUUACACCAAAACCUUAAGCGAGAGUUUGCUAACUUCACAUUUCCCAAGCUGCCUGGAAAGUGGCCUUUUUCCUUGUCAGAGCAGCAGCUCGACGCCCGACGCAGAGGCUUAGAAGAAUAUUUAGAGAAAGUCUGUUCUGUUCGGGUCAUUGGGGAGAGUGACAUAAUGCAGGAGUUCCUGUCAGAAUCAGACGAGAACUAUAAUGGCGUGUCAGAUGUGGAGCUGAGAAUAGCCAUGCCUGACAAAACAACACUCACGGUCAGAGUUCGCAAAAACUCCACCACAGACCAGGUCUACCAGGCUGUGGUCAUGAAACUCGGGAUGGACAGUGUAACAUCCAGUUACUUUGCCUUGUUUGAGGUCAUCAACCACACUUUUGUACGCAAGCUUGCCCCCAAUGAGUUUCCCCACAAACUGUAUAUACAGAACUAUACCUCAGCCAUCCCAGGAACAUGCCUCACCCUGCGCAAGUGGCUCUUCACCACAGAAGAAGAGAUUCUGCUCAAUGAAAACCAGCUUGCAGUCAGCUACUUUUUCCACCAGGCUGUGGAUGAUGUGAAGAAAGGCUUCAUCAAAGCAGAGCAGAAGUCUUACCAGCUGCAGAAGCUGGCAGAGCAGAAGAAGAUGUCCAUGUAUCUGAGUUUGUUGAGGGCUUGCGAGGGCUAUAAUGAGAUCAUAUUCCCCCACUGUUCAUGUGAUUCCCGACGUAAAGGCCACGUCAUCACGGCUAUCAGCAUCCACCACUUCAAGCUGCACGCCUGCACCGAGGAAGGGACUCUUGAGAACCAGGUGAUUUCGUUUGAAUGGGGAGAGAUGCAGAGGUGGGACACAGACGAGGAGGGUAUGGCCUUCUGCUUUGAAUAUGCACGGGGAGAAAAGAAGCCGCGCUGGGUCAAGAUAUUUACACCUUAUUUUAACUACAUGCAUGAAUGCUUUGAGAGAGUCUUCUGUGAGCUGAAGUGGAGGAAGGAGGUGGAAGAGGAGGCUACAGACAAGGACAAUAAGAACUGCAGUAAAGAUGGUAUGUGUGGCAAGAAUAUUUUCCAGCUGCUGAGGCACAGAAGGGAUGGGGGCACCUAGGAAGAGAGAUUGUUACCUCUUAACUACACACCGUCUUCAUCCCCUCAGCUCAUCUAGACCCAAACCCAUCAACACUCAGCUCUUAACUACUGUGGUCAUCAGUUAAACUCAUCUCCUAUGGCCUGACGACAUGCAAACGCACAAGCAUCUGCAAACAAACAAACAAAUGAAUUAAACAGAAGCAUAAAAAGCUACAGACUCGUGUACCAGAAGUUUUGAAUCCAGCACAUCAUAACCAUGUGUUAAGUCGAGCUUUGUCCAAACGUCAAUUCCUGGAUUCACGCAAGCCUUUUUCUUAUUCGGUGGGACUUAAAAUGGAAUGUGACAAGCUGCAGAGGAGGUGUGGAGACUUCUCUGAAGCCGUCUGACUUCAGAAAAUACAGCAGAAGCAAGCAUGCUGGACUAAGAAGGGAAAUAAAAGUUGUUAGCACUGAUCCCUGAAGGUUGACCCCAGAAAGACCCUGAGCUUCUCUACUGUGGACUGAGCAUUGUCUCCUUUGACAGUGGUCCUUUAUUGUCCACUGACACCUGUACUCUGGAUAUAAGGCACAGCUAAAUAACAUCGCAUUUAUACAUUUACACAUGUUUGGAAUUAAAAUAAGCAUUUAUAAAGGAAAAUGUCAACAUUUGAACCGACGAAUGAGAGAAGGCACUUGGUUAGAUAUAUUUUACAUCCACACAUGAGGAUGCACACGAGCAGGAUCAUAAAUGUAACACUAAAGUUGCACUAUAUCUGACAGUAUUGACUGCCUCGAGAUGUGCCAUAGGGAACCUGAGACGCAGAAAGACAGCAAACUGUGGUGAUAUACUGUCACUGAAUGACGUGGACCCGUUCAUCAAACUCAUAAAUGUAUAGUAUCAUGCAGUGCAAGAUCUCCAUGCAUUUCAAGGUCCAGGUAGAUCAGCAGUGAUGCGCAGGGCUGAAGUGGCGUCAGUGUAGUAGCUUGACGGAACAGCAGGGGUCCUUCUCCCCCUACCUGCUAACUGGCUGAGAUUGGUGGGAGCUCCCUCAGGAUGGAUGAUAGCCUUUCCCAUGCAGCACUAUUUAUCUUUGCUAUACCCAUAAGCUACUUGUGCUCUCCAGAUUCAGGUUAAGUGGAGGAGGAUGCCUGCACCCUGCUCUAACCUGAUGCACAUGGAGACCGCUUUGCUCAUUUCCUAAGGGCUGUGUAGCACCUGACAGAGGAGAAGUUAAAAUGUCAGUACCAUUGUUAUCUGCUGGUGAAGAGUCACAGAUUGAUUCUAACAGUUCUACCUGUUAUACUUGAUGGUGCUGUUCUCACAAGCCAUUUGGGUGAUUAAUGAGCUUCUACAGAUCCUGGUGGGUGCAUAAAGGAUUUUAAUUGAAUGGAUUGAGGCUUGAAUUGAGAGAUUUAAUUUUUGCAAUCCAGAAGGCUAAACGCAUUUCCCAGGAUUCUUGUCUGCCCACUGAACCAUGCCGGACAUAGUCGAUAGCCUGGCCUCACCUGAUCAGUUCAUCUUCACAUGCUCGCUUUCUUUGCUCCUCUCUCUCUCGCUCUCGCUCUCUCUCUCGCUCUUGCUCUCGCUCUCUCAGACCGAAGUUAACAGUCACUCAUGGUAUUUAUUUCACUAAGUGUUAAUUUCAGUUAAUUUCUGUUUCUCACCACUCCUUUAAAGAGUCACACUAAGAGGAUGGAGAUUGAGGACCUGCAGGGGUUUGAUGUGUCGAAAUGGAAAAUUUUUCAGGCAAAGCUUUUGGUUACGUUGCUUACUGUAACAAAAUGUAACAUAUUCUUUUAAAUAAACAGAUUUAUUGAUGCUAAGUUA